AUGUUGUCGAGAGUCUCCUCCCAGGCCUCCAAGGCCGUCUCUCGCAGCGCUCUCCGCACGUCGACCGCUCGCGUCGCCGUCAAGAGCGCACGCAGGACGCUUGUGCAGCCAUCUGGCGCCGACCGAGCAAGCGUCGUCGAGGUUCCCUCUUCGUAUGAAGGCGAUGAGCACUUUUCGCCCCGUGCAGAUAUGCUCGGAUUCAAGCUUGAGCACCGCCGCGAGGGCAACGUAGGCGAGAAAGUUCGCCCGAUCUACCUUGACAUGCAGGCAACGACACCAAUAGACCCCCGGGUGCUCGAUGCUAUGCUACCCUACCUCACCGACCAGUACGGUAACCCACAUAGUCGCACACACGCCUACGGCUGGGAGGCUGAGAAAGCAGUUGAAGACGCACGAAAGUAUGUCGCCGAUCUUAUUGGUGCCGACCCGAAGGACAUCGUCUUUACUUCCGGCGCAACCGAAACCAAUAAUAUGGCUAUCAAAGGCGUAGCCCGUUUCCACAAGGACCGCAAAAAGCAUAUUAUCACCACCCAGACUGAGCAUAAAUGCGUCCUCGACUCAUGUCGUAAGCUCCAAGAAGAGGGCUUCGACGUGACCUAUCUUCCCGUACAAAAGAACGGCAUCAUCGACCUCGCAGAGCUCGAGGCUGCGAUCCGCCCGGACACCUCUCUCGUCUCAAUCAUGACCGUAAACAACGAGACUGGUGUCAUUCAACCCAUCAAAGAGAUUGGCGCGCUCGUCCGCCGGCACCGUGGUGUGUACCUACACACCGACGCUGCGCAGGCUACGGGCAAGAUCGCCAUCGACGUCAACGAGAUGAACGUUGACCUCAUGUCUAUUUCUGGCCACAAGCUCUAUGGCCCGAAGGGUAUUGGCGCCGCUUACGUUCGUCGGCGUCCCCGUGUCCGCCUCGAGCCCAUCAUCAGUGGUGGUGGCCAGGAGCGUGGUCUGCGCAGUGGCACGCUCGCCACCCCGCUCGUUGUUGGCCUCGGUGAGGCCGCGCGCAUUGCGAAGCAGGAGAUGACGAGAGAUCAUGCCCGUAUCAAGGAGCUCUCCGAUCGUCUGAUCGCUGGCAUCAACGCCAAGGUCGAACACGUUAUCCGGAACGGUGACCUGAACGGCUACCCCGGAUGCGUUAAUCUCAGCUUUGCCUAUGUCGAGGGCGAGAGUCUCUUGAUGGCGCUCAAGGACAUUGCGCUGUCAUCCGGUAGUGCAUGCACUUCCGCGUCGCUGGAGCCGUCAUAUGUCUUGCGUGCGCUCGGCGCCGCUGAGGACAUGGCACACUCGUCCCUCCGCUUUGGUAUCGGCCGCUUUACCACCGAGGCCGAGAUCGACUACGUCGUCGACAAAAUCGUCGCGGUGGUCCAGCGAUUGCGUGACAUGAGUCCUCUCUGGGAGAUGGUCCAGGAGGGCAUUGACAUCAACACUAUCAACUGGGCUCAACACUAAGCUCGUCCCACUUCAUCUGCAUCCAUAUUCGCAUUCUCUGGGGUGGACCGUGGGGGGUCGCGCGUUAAAGAGGGGGGGCAUCUGCAUGAGUUUCGUUGUACGGUAUCGGUUCUCACGUCUGUCUUUUAUAUAGUCCACUUGUUUCGUGUUCGUCGUUGCUUUACCACAGUAUCUAUCGCCGCCUCGCGUAUUAGGAGUGGCUCGCGUAUGAUUCAUGAUGGCCUGGCAUCGUGUACUUCUAGUCAGUCUAUGCAUGCAUUGGACCCGCCG